AUGACGUCAAUAAUCAAAUUAGAGGCUUUAUCAGGUGUGCAAGAUGAUGGACCAUUAUGCUACCUUUUACAAGUUGAUCAGGUUUAUUUUUUAUUAGACUGUGGUUGGGAUGAACGAUUUGAUAUGGCAUAUAUAGAGGCUGUCAAGAGACGCGUUCCUCUUAUUAACGCCGUAUUAUUAUCAUAUGCUGAUAUACCACAUCUCGGUGCUUUACCUUAUCUUGUCCGAAAAUGUGGUCUAAAUUGUCCAAUUUAUGCAACGGUUCCUGUAUAUAAGAUGGGGCAAAUGUUUCUGUAUGAUUGGGUUAAUAACCAUACUAGUGUCGAAGAUUUCAACUUGUUCAAUUUGGACGAUAUUGAUGCAGCGUUUGAACGAGUGCAACAAGUGAAAUAUAGUCAGACGAUUUUAUUGAAAGGCGAUAAUGGUCUGCAAAUAACGCCUUUACCUGCUGGACAUAUGAUUGGCGGUGCAAUAUGGCGGAUCACAAAGAUGGGUGAUGAAGAAAUUGUGUAUGCAGUUGAUUUUAAUCAUAGAAAGGAACGGCAUUUGAAUGGUUGCACAUUUGAAGGUAUUGGAAGACCAAAUCUACUGAUCACCGAUAGUUUCAACGCGCUGUACAAUCAACCACGUAGGAAGCAACGGGAUGAACAGUUGGUAACUAGACUUCUGGGUACCGUGAGAGAUGGUGGUGAUGUGAUGAUUGUAAUCGAUACGGCAGGAAGAGUAUUGGAAAUAGCGCAUUUGCUUGAUCAGUUAUGGCAUAACGCGGAGGCUGGUUUGAUGACAUAUAAUUUGGUUAUGCUAAGCCAUGUUGCCUCGUCGGUGGUUGAGUUCGCGAAAUCACAAGUGGAGUGGAUGUCUGAUAAGGUCCUAAAGUCCUUUGAAGUUGGCCGUUACAAUCCAUUCCAAUUUCGACAUGUGCAGCUUUGUCACACUCACAUAGAUUUGAUGCGAGUACGAAGUCCAAAGGUAGUACUUGUCAGUGGAUUGGAUAUGGAAAGUGGUUUUUCCAGAGAGUUGUUUUUAGAGUGGUGUACAGAUAUAAAAAAUUCUGUUAUUGUUACUGGACGUUCUGGCGAUCGCACCCUCGGUGCGCGAUUAAUACGAAUGGCUGAACAAGCAGCAGAAAAUCCUAACGGUACCAUAAAUCGUAAUUUAACCUUAGAAGUCAAACGAAGAAUCCGUUUAGACGGUGUUGAGUUGGAAAAUUAUCGAGCCAAAAAGCGAGCGGAAGAACGUGAAGCAACUCGAAUUAGAUUGGAAGCAUCACGACGAAAUGCUAGACUGGAACAAGCCGAUUCAUCUGACGAUAGUGAUGAUGAUGCCGUCAUGGUUGUUCCUGCUACAACUUCUGGCAUACUAAAUGGUAAAAUGACCAAUUCGAAGCGUAAUAUUGCGUCAUCGUUUAGCGCUUCUACGACGACUUCUACAACUGCAGAUCUGUCAGCAGCUCAAAUAGCAGAACAGAGAUCUCACGAUAUAAUGUGGAAAUGGGAACAGCAACAGAAAUCAUCCUUUUUUAAACAAAGCAAAAAAUCAUUUCCUAUGUUUCCAUAUAUUGAAGAGAAGACUCGGUGGGAUGACUAUGGUGAAAUCAUACGCCCCGAGGAAUACAUGAUCGUGGAUACACCUGUAGUACCACAAAUACCACCUGAACAUAAGGAUGGUACUGACAGUACUUUUGAUGGACAAGUGGUACCGCUUUAUGAGGAACGGGAAUGGCCAUCAAAAUGUAUCAGUCAAAUUAUGAAAAUGGAGGUGCUUUGCAAAGUGGAUUUCAUUGAUUUCGAAGGACGUAGCGAUGGCGAAUCGGCGAAAAAAAUUCUAUCACAAAUAAAACCAAAGCAACUAAUAAUUGUUCAUGGUUCAUCAGCAGCUACUCGACAUCUUGCGCAAUAUGCUCAGCAAAAUGGCAUUGUUCAAGGUAAAAUAUUCACACCGCGAUUGGGCGAAAUCGUUGAUGCAACGAUCGAAUCACACAUCUAUCAAGUAACAUUAAGUGAUGCCGUUAUGUCAUCCUUGAUCUUCCAAACGGUGAAAGAUGCCGAGUUGAGUUGGUUAGAUGCUCGAAUAGUAAGGAGGAAAACGGUAACACCAGGGCAGACACGAAAUACAGCUGAGGAGAAUUUAGAAACAAAUGGAAAUAAGGAAGAGGAAGUAGAAGAAAUGGAACAAGAUGACAGUGAUCAAGUCGAAGGUAAACGGUUGAGCAAUUUGAAGGUUGCAGCUGCGGAUACAUUUUGUCUAGAACCAAUGCUUUCUGCUAAUAUUCCUCCGCAUCAGGCAGUAUUCGUUAAUGAUCCAAAACUUUCUGAUAUGAAACAGUUAUUAGCUUCGAAUGGUUUUCGAGCGGAAUUCAGUUCUGGUGUAUUAUAUAUAAACAACAUUGCAAGCAUUCGACGUAAUGAAGCCGGCCGCUUUCACGUGGAAGGUUGCGCAUGUGAAGAUUAUUACAAAAUAAGAGAUAUUGUUUAUGCACAAUUUGCAGUUGUAUAG